GAUUGCAAAGGGAAGAAGAUCGCUAAUUGCCUUUUUUCGUAAUUGAAUGUCAAAAUCAUGAAUAUUCGAGUUCUUUAUAUUUUACUUUGUAAAUGGAGUUUAUUUGCUGUACUCAAAACACAAGGUAUUAGACGUGAGGAAACAAAUGAGCAGAGAUUAGUCAGAGACCUGUUGCUAGGAUACGACAGGAGAGUCAGACCAGUAAUGCCUGAUAAUACGUCACUUCCGUUAAACGUGACAUUUGGAUUAGCCCUUUCACAAGUGAUUGAUGUGGAUGAGAAGAACCAAAUCCUGACGACAAACUGUUGGUUAAAUCAGAUGUGGACAGACUACGGCUUGCGUUGGAAUCCGAAGGACUAUGGUGGUAUUAAAGUUGUUCGUCUUCCCUAUGACUCAAUUUGGAGACCGGACAUAUUUCUAUACAAUAAUGCUGAUGUAUCGACAUACUUUUCGUCUAUUAGUUCAAACGUCAUCUUGACGUCACAAGGCAAUGUAACUUGGCUCUCCAUGGUGAUAUUUAAAAGUUCAUGCUCCAUAAAUGUGCGCUACUUUCCAUUUGAUGAGCAGAAUUGUUCUAUGACUUUCGCCUCCUGGACAUACGAUGGGUACCAGGUUAAUCUGGUUCUCAACACUCACGAGGGAGACAUUUCAAAUUACAAAUCUAACAGUGAAUGGCAUCUUCACAAACUUUAUGUCCAGAGAAACGUUGUUUUCUACUCCUGUUGUGCUGAGCCGUAUCCUGACAUCACAUUCUAUAUCCAUAUCCAACGAAGACCUCUGUUUUAUAUCUUCAACAUGGUGAUGCCGUGCGUUAUGAUUACACUGGUUGCCCUUCUUGGCUUCUAUAUACCAUCUGAUUCAGGUGAAAAAGUGACUAUGGGAAUCACUACCCUUCUGUCGAUGACAGUGUUUAUGAUGUUAGUUGCAGAGAACAUGCCCCCAACAUCCAACGUGCUACCUCUGAUAGGCAUCUACUAUGGAAUUACGAUCAUAAUCGUCUCCUUGGCGACGGCAAUGACAGUAUUUACUCUUAACAUCCAUCAUAAAGGACACAGAGGGUAUCCGAUAUCUCCAGUCCUUAAGAAAAUCUUCUUUGGAGUCUUCGCCAAAUUGAUGUGUGUGAAAAUGGACACUUGUGGGAAUAGGUCUAAAGUCACGUUCACCCCAGACUUUACAAGCAACAUGGCCAAUAACUAUUCACCAGUUUCAAAGAUAUCUGAAGUAGAAAGGACAAAACUGUUAGAGGAUGGUGUUCGGCCAUGUUGUUGUCAUAAUGAGAGACAAACGAUGAAUCACAGCUAUGAAAUGAAACCAGAAAACAACGUCCGGAAGAACCACACCCCCGAUCUCCAUAACAAUCAGACGUUCGCCAGUCCGAGCAGUGAAGCGGCUAGUACACUAGAACUUAAUUUCUCCAAAGUGCUGAGCAAGGUUUGCCAUACAAUAGAUAACAACGAAUCUCGCCAGCGAGAGCAGGAUGUACGAGAUUCCGUGAGAUAUGAAUGGCAACAACUGGCUCUAGUUGUGGACCGAAUGCUUUUGACGGUUUUCAUGCUUGUGACUCUAAUUAUGACCUCUGCAAUCAUGAUGCAAGGUCCGUUAAAUCAAGCAUAAUUAAAGAAGUGUUAAUUAAUAUAAAUUUAUCUUUUCUGAGCGCACACCAUUGAUACAUUAGCUGCAUUUCAUUUCCGGAUUUUUUUUUUUGAAAUUUUCAAUUUUUCAUUUCCGACAUUUUAUAGUUUUCAUUUCCGACAUUUUCAACUUUUCAUCGACAUUUCACGCAAAAGAAAGGAAUGAAUGAAAAUAUAUACCUCUAAUGUGUAUGCUUUGUAAUUCAUAUCGAAGAAAUGUUCUGUUAUCCUAUCCUUAUGUAUUUACUGAAGAGAGUAAUUGACGUUCUAGAGAUAUUUGUGCUGACUUGAAACCAUCAUGGAAAAAUAAAAAGUCGCAAUUUACUGGUACCUGUACCUUUGGUUAAUAAAUACAUGUGGUUCAAUUGCGGGUUCUUCUAAUGUAAUAGUGAACGUUUUGUGAACAGAAUUAUGUGUGAACAUUUUGAAAACCUAAUAAUAUUUA